AAACAGUACGUACAGUAGAUACGCCUUCCAGCGUUCCAGCGGCAUUCCAGCUCUUUUUUUGCACUCUCUCUACCUGAUUUUGCCAGGUCUCAGCGCAUAGGUAUGCCUGGACUAACUGGUUUUGAAGUCACGCUCGCCGACGUCCUGGUUUCUCGCGGCUCUCCUCUUCGCGAGGACGAGGUAUGGGCAAUUCUGGGUGUCAGCUGCCGCAGUCUCGAGGAUCUUCUAGAACGAGAUAAGUCAAGUUGGGCGUCAGGGCCUAGUCUUUUGAUCACUAUGGACACGUUGAUGAUGACUCGUGGUGGUGAAGUCGAGUUUUGUCCAGGACAUCUGGAUAUCAAUGAUCCUGGUUCGUUUGCUCCUCCGGAGACGUUUGCUAGUAAUUAUCAAAUAACUCGUGCUUCAGUAGAGAAGAUGUAUGUGUAUUCGUUGGGUAUGACUAUCUAUUCUGCUGUUGAGUUUGAAGCCGACAAGAAUGUGGAAAUAAGCCAAGAACUGGAAUCUGUGUUGCUCUAUAUGUGUGACGAAACAGCUGAUGCUAGACAUGACCUGUCUCAAGUUUUGGAAGUUUGCAUUGGACAUGCUCAAAGGUCAGGUUGUUUGGGAUUCAGUGAUCAGAUUACACAGUUGCUGGAGAACUUGAUGGGGAGCUCUGCAGUGUUGGACACUCUUGGUCGUAGUAUGGAUGAGUUGGAUGAUGAGGGUGAUGAAGAUGCCAACCUCAGAGAGGAACUUGCCACAGCUCUUAGAAUGCAAAAGCAUGGUGUAAGCACUGGUAGCCUGAGGUCAAGCAAUGUAUCCACACCAUUGGGUGUAGCUCCUUUGCAGAAUGGUGUGAACACUGUUUAUCAAGCUGAUGAUGAUGCAGAUGUGGAUGAUGCUAAUCUUUCUGAAUUGAAAGCAGCAGGAAACUCCUUAGAGCCUGUUGUUCAUCCAAUUUUAGUUGAUGGUUCUACAAAGCAGAUCUCUGACUUGGUUUCUGCUACUGUAGCAGUAAUUAUGGCUGCUCCACCUAUGCCUCUAGACUCAUCGGAAAAGGCAGAGAACUUUGCUGAUGGUGGUGUUCCUCCACAUUUGCUAGAAUCAGAACCACCACCCCUGCCAGAGUCAGAGCCACCAUCCCUUCAUGAGUCAUCAUAUCCUGACCAAAUACCAAUGACAGAAUCUCCAAUUAUUGGACAUGAUGGUUAUCUUGCAGAAAGUAAGAAAGCUACAGUAGAUCAGAGUGAAAUGCAGAGCUCUUCAGAGUCGAGCAUUAGAUCAACUGAGUAUCAGCAGCCACAUGAUACAACUAAGGAAGAAGCAGUUACUGAACCAGUUAGUGUUGCUUUUGUUCAAGAAACAGUGGAAUCUACUCCUGUUGCUGAAGCAAAGCAUAUUGCAAACCCUAUUUUUUCUGCUAUAAAUUUGUUACCAGGAGCAUCAUUGCUUGCUGGAAUUACAGGAUUUAAUGCUAGCCCAGCUAAUGAUGUAGCACUUACAGGAUCAGAAACUACGGGAAGCGAUGAGCCUGUUGCUCAGUCAACACCUAUUGCAUCUAGGGAAGUGUCAACAGAACCUGAAGCAAGCACUUCAUGGUCAGGAAUUCAUGCUGACUUGGCUUCAGCUGCUCUUCAAGUGCAGCUAAGGCAUGUACCUUCUCCAGAAGAGAAGCUAGCCACAGACCCUAUCGAUGAAGACUUAGCUGUAGAUGAUGUUAGCACUGAACCUCCUUAUGCCACAGUGGAUUUAACAAAGAAGAAGAAGUAUCGUCAAGAACGGGAUGUUGAUACUUCAGCAGCCAAAACAGAUGAAAAUGAAAGCACGUUUGAAUCAGUCAUAGAGAUGAAUGCAAGUGAAAGUGAAAGCAGUAACAAAACUGAAGUCACUGAUGAGACUUUUAGGGAUGUUUUACUACCGCAUGAUAAACAAACGUUGAGCAGAGAACAUUCAUCAGCCAGUGAAACGUCAGCUGUCUUAUCAAAGAAAGCUAAAAGGAAGAGACACAAGAAGCAUGUUGAUAUUAAAUCAGGAACAAUGGAAGGUGAUAAGUGGCAGUCUGUUACCAAGCCAUCAUCAAGAAAAAAAUUGAAAACGAUAUUUGGUUGGGAAUUUUCAAGAUUACAUGGAGAUUCUAGGAAAUCAUCUAUAGCAAUUGUCUCUUUGAACCAAACAAACUUGCCGUCUGGCAGAAAACUUGUUUCUGUUAUUAUGUUAGAUGGCACAAAAUUGUCUUUAAUGAUAGAGAUGAGGUCAACAGUAAGAGAACUUUUUGAUGAAGUUGCUGCUCAUUUGUCACUCAAAGAUAAGGAAGACUAUUUCUUUGGACUGGCUGUGAAAAUAGAUGAUGAGGAAUGGUUUAUGGAACAGCAUAAAAAAUUGAAAAAGUAUGCGCCACCUGGAUGGAAAGAUCAGACUAAAAAGAACGUUGAGUUUUUGAUCUACUUUAGGGUCAAGUAUUAUGUUGAGACACUGAAUGCCAUUAAGUUGGCUCAAACUGUUCACUUGUUCUUUCUGCAAUUGCAAAAGGAUGUUGUAGAAGGACAGAUGUUUUGUCACAGGGAUUCUGCUCUUGUGUUAGCUGCUUAUGCUUUACAAGCCAAUCAUGGAGACUUUGGAGAAGAUUUUCAGGAUUACUUUAACCCAGAACAAUACAUCAGACAAUCAACUUUAAGCCAGCUGCCAGAUAGGUUUGUUACUGAAAACCUUCCCAAGAUACACAAGCAACUUAGUGGUAUGACCAAGCAACAGGCUGAGAUUGAGUUUAUGAGAGAGGCACAACAGCUUUCUGAUUAUGGCACUUUUUUUCAUGAUGUUUGUCGAACCGAGAAAGGGAAAAUGGGAGGCACUGUGGUGGGGGCAAGUGUUGGAGGCAUUGCUAUCUACGAGGUUACAGGAUUAGAGAGGACACCAGUAGAAAAGUAUUCUUGGCCAGAAAUUCAGUGGGUGACCUACAAGGAGAAUGUUUUCACUCUUGUUCCCAAGGCAAGCACUACUGGUGGAAAACUUAUAAAGAAGGUGUAUUACACAGGUAGUUACAAGAGAUCUCGAUAUCUAUUGCAGUUGUGUACUGAUCUUCAUCAUUUUCGUCUUGUUAUUACAAAGAAGCUUCAAACCGAGUCUUCAUUUAGUAAUCAAGGAGAGGAUGAAUUGAUAGCCGAGUCUGACAAUGACACUGAGCUGCAGUCUCGCAGUAGUCUUCUUGCUCAAACACUGGCUUCUGAAUCUUUAGUCUUGUCAAGUGAGAGGACUCCUGUUGCACGACGAGGAUUGCCAAAUGGAGCAAACUCGCCUUUGCCUGAGCAAUCGAUGGAGGUAAAAUAUGUCAAACUUGUAAAAUCACCUGAACGGGGUUUGGGUCUCAUGAUUGUUGGUGGAAUUGACCUUGGCAAAGGAGUUGGUUCAGGAAUAUAUGUCAAGUCUGUCAAACCUGGUGGAGCAGCUGCCUUGGAUGGACGAAUCAAGCCAGGAUGUCAGAUUCUGGAAGUGAAUGGCCAGUCUCUUGAAAACAUUUCACAUAGUGAUGCCGUCGCGCUUUUGCAUGCAGCUCCUCUACUAGUGGAAAUGAAAGUGGUGCAGUCAUCACUUGCUGCUGCAUUUGAACAAGUAGCUGUGGCUGAUAUUGAAAAACAACAAUUAGAGUCAUUGGUUGAGGAGCAACGAGAAGCUGUCAGAGUUGCAGCUGUUGCUAAUGUUGAGCAUGGCCUAACAGAUCAGUCACACGUGAUUGUUGUAAAUCUAAACAAGGUUGAUGGAAGUCUUGGCAUGGAAGUGGCUGGAGGUAUAGACACAGCAUCUCGUAAUGGGGCUAUUUACGUCAAAGAACUGAGAGUCGGUGGAGCUGCACACAGGAAUGGUCAAUUACAAGUAGCUGACCGUCUGCUGAGAAUUAACAGCCACAACCUGUUGAGAGUGAGGCACGCUGAAGCAGUACAGAUAAUAAAAGAUGCUGGUAGUGAAGUUGAACUGGAAGUGGAGAGAAUUAUGGGAAUGGACGAAGUGAGUUUUGGUGAGGAAGGGCAGCAAUUAGACAGUAUGUCUGGAUACGAGUCUUUGGCUGGUGAAGUGAUUGUUGUAGAAUUGGUCAAAGAUGACAAGGGUUUGGGAUUUGGAUUAGUGGGUGGUCAGGAUGUCAAUCAUCCAAUAAUUAUAAAGAGCUUGUUUGAGGGACAAGCUGCUGAAAAAGAUGGCCGUCUCAAAGUUGGAGAUAUUUUGUUAGAGGUGAACAACAGGCGCAUACAGUCAAUGUAUCACAAGGAUGUUGUUGAACUAUUACGUAAUGCUUCACAUUUAGUUCGUCUUGUGGUUCACAGACCUAAUGAGCCUGUUGCCAUACCUUCUGAUCCUAUUGUCAGCAGAGAGGAAUCACGGGCUCGUUCAGCAGCUUCGUCAGUUAUGAGAGAAGAGAAGAGUGAUCGUUCUGCAGUAGAUGAGAGUAUUAAUUUGGUAGAGGUUUUUGGUGAGAAAUUGCUUGGCAAGAAAUUUGAGGUAGAGCUAUCUCGAGGUGUCAAGGGACUCGGAUUUUCAGUGACAAGUGGUGCUCAAAGUGCCACAGAUGAUGCUUUGAUUUUUGGAUGCUUUAUUCGUACUGUUGUAUCUGACCCUGCUUUAUCUGAUGGCCGUAUACAGCCUGGAGAUCAACUGCUAAUGGUCAAUUUGCAGUCUCUUCAAGGGAAGCCGCACAGUGAAGCGGUUCAGAUUUUACGUGGAAUGGAGGGAGAGGUGAUGAAACUUGAGGUGUUUAGACGAAUGCCUCCUGUUACUCUUCCAGAUACUGAACAGAUUCUAAAAUUUGAAGCACCCAGUCCUCCCAUAUCACCUGUGUCUGGUACAAUGCCACCAUUACCACCUCGUCCAGAUUCAUGGGAAGAUAUUACUAUUUCGAUAUUUUUGAGAAAAAGUGACAAGGGCUAUGGGUUUAACAUGUAUGUAAUGACAAAUUGGGGUGUGAAUGAAGCUACAGACCAGUCAUUUGACUGUGUUUACGUGAAAAAGAUAACCGAGGGAAUGCCAGCUGCAGUUGAUGGACGAUUGCAUGUCAAUGAUCGAAUCAUUGAAAUAGAUGACGAGUCUGUUGAAGGAUUGCCAUAUUAUCAAGUCAUCAAUAGAUUGAGACGGACUGAAGGCUCUGUGCAGAUUAAAGUGGCGCGUCGAGAAGAGCAAAAGCAAGACGAAAGGAAUGUCAGCGAAUUGGAACUGGUUUCAAUGCCAAGAGUGAUUAUGCCCAUCACUGGCAGAUGUCCAGCUGCUUCUCCAGGUGAGAGAAGGAGGGACAAUCAACUUCGUAGUAAUCCCUCAAUUGACAAAUCAGAUAUCAAUGAACUAGCUUUAACACAAACAUUUGAACGGCUUCCAACACCCGUCCCUGAUGAAUUUCAGCCAGGUAAUGUGAUAACUACUACUGCCAGAAGUACUCUUUACAGAGGAAAAGCACUAGAAGAAUUGUGUCAAAGAGUUGAUGAGCAAUUAAAUGAUCAAGAUACAGUUAAUGAAUAUCUUCAUUUGUGUGAGAACAGGCUGUCUGCAGAUUGCAGUGUUGGUCGGUUGCCUAAAAACAAAUCGAAGAAUCGAUUUUCCAACUUGCUACCAUUUGAUCAUAGCAGAGUGAAACUGAGUGGUGGAGAUGAGAACUCAAAUUACAUUAAUGCUAGUACUGUGAAGAUGCGUAUUGGAUCAGGUUUUCACAAGUUCAUAUGCACACAGGGUCCACUUAGUAACACGGUAGGAGAUUUCUGGCGUAUGAUUUGGGAGCAGCACUGUCAUGUCAUAGUGAUGAUUACUAAACUACAUGAAGCUGGAAAGGACAAGUGCCAUUCAUAUUGGCCACCUCGUGUAAAUCAAACGAAAACAUAUGGAGGCAAAAAGUUUAGUGUUACUCUGCUGUCUGAGAAAAAUUUUGACACUUACCACGUUCGAGUAUUGAGACUAAAGAAGCUAGGCGAGGAAGGGCACCAGAAUAUUGUUCAUUUGCAGUUUACUGAGUGGCCUGGCCAUGGUGUUCCUAAGGCACCUGGUGGAUUUGUUGAAUUUAUUUUAGCAGUGAAGAGAGCUGCUGCAGCACGAUCAGGUGCUGUUACUGUGCAUUGCAGUGCCGGAAUGGGAAGGACUGCUGUUGCUGUAACUGUUCUGUCUACCUUUUCAAUGAUUGAGAAUGACCUUGAGGUUGACAUCAACAGUAUUGUAAAGGUACUAAGGGAAGCCAGACCAAACAUGAUCCAGAAAAAGGAGCAAUACUUGUUUUGCUUUGCUUGUUUCCUUUACGCUUUGCGAGGGUUGAGAGCCUCUCAGUGGUUACCAUCGAACGAAUCAGAUAUUUUUUCAGUGAUUGUGAAUGAUCAGCGCAGUGUAGACACUUUCGUUGACGACUCUUUCUAGAGUAAACAAUUGUAGUGAAGGAGAAAAUUUUUGACAUUACAAUAUUGAGAGCACAGUAGCGCGCGCUAGGUACGUCAAUUGUGAUUUAUACUUAUAAAUAUUGCUUGUAACGCAAUUGCUUGUUGGUAUAAGUCUGUCGCGGUAAACACUUGUAGAAAUAUAAGAAAUGAUUAACCUAA